CGUUCACAUGUAACGGGUGAUUUUUUUGAGGUUAGGAUUUUCAUGCAUUAGUAUUUGACAGAUCACGUGGGAUUUCAGACAUGGUGUCAAAGAGAAAGAUGCUCAGUAUGCUUUGACAUUUCAUCAUGAAUAGACUUACUAACGAGCAACGCUUGCAAAUCAUUGAAUUUUAUUACCAAAAUCAGUGUUCGGUUAGAAAUGUGUUUCGCGCUUUACGUCCGAUUUAUGGUCUACAUAAUCGACCAAGUGAGCAAACAAUUAAUGCGAUUGUGACCAAGUUUCGCACUCAGUUUACUUUAUUGGACAUUAAACCAACCACACGAAUGCGUACAGUGCGUACAGAAGAGAAUAUUGCGUCUGUUUCUGAGAGAGUGGCUGAAGACCGUGAAAUGUCGAUUCGUCGCCGUUCGCAGCAAUUGGGUUUGUGUUAUUCGACCACAUGGAAGAUUUUACGCAAAGAUCUUGGUGUAAAACCGUAUAAAAUACAGCUCGUGCAAGAACUGAAGCCGAACGAUCUGCCACAACGUCGAAUUUUCAGUGAAUGGGCCCUAGAAAAGUUGGCAGAAAAUCCGCUUUUUUAUCGACAAAUUUUGUUCAGCGAUGAGGCUCAUUUCUGGUUGAAUGGCUACGUAAAUAAGCAAAAUUGCCGCAUUUGGGGUGAAGAGCAACCAGAAGCCGUUCAAGAACUGCCCAUGCAUCCCGAAAAAUGCACUGUUUGGUGUGGUUUGUACGCUGGUGGAAUCAUUGGACCGUAUUUUUUCAAAGAUGCUGUUGGACGCAACGUUACGGUGAAUGGCGAUCGCUAUCGUUCGAUGCUAACAAACUUUUUGUUGCCAAAAAUGGAAGAACUGAACUUGGUUGACAUGUGGUUUCAACAAGAUGGCGCUACAUGCCACACAGCUCGCGAUUCUAUGGCCAUUUUGAGGGAAAACUUCGGACAACAAUUCAUCUCAAGAAAUGGACCCGUAAGUUGGCCACCAAGAUCAUGCGAUUUAACGCCUUUAGACUAUUUUUUGUGGGGCUACGUCAAGUCUAAAGUCUACAGAAAUAAGCCAGCAACUAUUCCAGCUUUGGAAGACAACAUUUCCGAAGAAAUUCGGGCUAUUCCGGCCGAAAUGCUCGAAAAAGUUGCCCAAAAUUGGACUUUCCGAAUGGACCACCUAAGACGCAGCCGCGGUCAACAUUUAAAUGAAAUUAUCUUCAAAAAGUAAAUGUCAUGAACCAAUCUAACGUUUCAAAUAAAGAACCGAUGAGAUUUUGCAAAUUUUAUGCGUUUUUUUUUAAAAAAAAGUUAUCAAGCUCUUAAAAAAUCACCCUUUAGUAGCUUUUCCCAUUCUUACUUCUACUUUAGCUCGAAAACAAUUUAUUUGCCCAUUUUUAGAAGAAUGUUCAUUAUCAGAUAGGAGGAUUGUAUAAAACUAUAAAAGAUGCUUUGUUACAAAAUACAUCAUAAGAAAAAAAAUUACUAACAUUAAAUUUAUUUAAAAAUCAUAUUGAGCACAUUCAAACAUAUUAUAAAAUAUAUAACUACAGCACAAAAUGGCAUAAAUGAUGCUAAUAUCCUUACAAAAAAUGAAAUAUAUUAUUAUAAUAUAAACAUUAGAAAUAUUAUAUAUUUAAGAACUGCAAUAUUUGAAAAAGAAAGAGAAUUAAUAUUUAUAAUCAAAGUGUCUAAAAUAUUUUUUUAAUAUACGAGUAAUAAUUAUAAUACCUAUUCUUUAUUUAAAUAAAGAAAUAAAUGCUGAAAUUUCAAAUGUAUUCAAAAAUUAAUUACAAAUGAUUACAGUUAACUCAGAAAUUAAAAUUAAUGAUGAAAUUAUAAUUGUUAAAAAUACAAAAAAUGAUUUAGUGCAAAAAAAUGUGCCUCGAAAACAGCAAAAACUGUUCAUUAGAAUUAGCAAAACAAAAAUUUUCAAAUAAUUACGAAAUGUUUAAUAGACGGAAUUAUAUUACCACAAUCCAACAGCAUUUCUUUUAAUGCCACUCUAAUUUUAAAAGAAUUAAAAUUAACGUCGAUACAUAAUUAAUAGUUUCACAUUGUCUCAUAAAGUUAUAAGUUGUAACGAUCCGAAAACAUAGCGUUCAGAGUUGUAUUUGCGUAAACUUAUUUUAGUAUGCAGCAAACCAACAACAAAUUUUUUAAACUAGUAUAAAAAUUUACGAUUUUAUGAUUUUACGAUGCUUACACGUUCUGCGUAACCCAAAUAUAUAUAAAAUAAAUAGAUACCUUGUUAUGAGUAAAACACGAUCUUUUAUUUUUAUUCAGAUUCAUUAGGAUAACUCGCAUAUUGGCCGAUAUGCUUCUUGAUUUGCGUUCUGGAAAUUGAACGAAUCAAGUAGUAUUAAAAACUGUGCUAUAUGGGAAAUAAGCGUAUUUGUUGUCCGAUUUCAUCCAUACUCUGGCUCUGGCGUAUUUAAUUAUUGAUUUAUCGCGCCUUUAGUAGUUUUUACCAGUACUGUUACAUAGGGAGUGAGCUGGAUUAUCUUUCGAUUUCAUCCAUUUCAUUUCUACAAUGUCGGUAGAAGUUUUUAUAAGAUUUAUACUCAGCAAAUUAGGUUUUUGUAGCUUAAGUAGUUUAGGAGAAAUGUAAUAAACGUUAUUACUUUACGUUUCAUAAGAAAAAAUCAAAGUAAUAACCAAUUAUCUAAGAAUAUUUCUACUUUUUGCUUUGCUCUAUUUAAAAAAGUAUUUACAUAAGUCAUAUAACUAUCAAUGCACUGAAAUAUAAUACUUGUAUUUUUGUUUAUUAUAUAUUUGCUUAUUUGUACUUAUUAUCGAAUGCUUCAUUUUAAGAAUAAAAUAAUUGUAAAAUUAGUCUUAAGGCCAAUGUCAAGGAAAAAAUAAAUAUCUUUAAAGAAAAAUAAUUAUAUUCUUUGGACAAUAAAUGUAUAUAUAUAUAUUUCGCGUGCUGACCAAAAUUCGAAUUCGGAAUUGUGGUUUGAUCGAUCGCUUGCACCGCCGUUGUCAAUUUCACACUAAAUUCGCAUGCCACAUGUAUCGCAACAUAAUCUACAUAUGUCGGCAGAAUAGUUUGAAUUUUUAGUGUACUAUAAUUGAAGAUCAAUAACUUUUUAAAUUAUUUUGUCAAAUUUUCAUAUCUAAUUGACCCCCUGUAUAGUAUACAGGAUACAUAAGCAUAGGCAUAUUGCACUCGCAAUGCGAAAAGAGCUUGAAACGCAAUUGGUAUUGUGCAAAUUUACUUUACGGUAGCACGGAAAGCGUUUUUAAAAAAUAAACUAUCUUCCUAUAGACUACAAUCGAAAGUGUUCUUUAUUACAUGAUACACUUAUUUAUAGGUUACAAUAUUGUUUAUUUGAUACUAUCUGCGCAGUUCAGACCUUAUUGGAAUGAACUCGAAUUUCUUAACUCCACUAAUGUUUUUAUUAAUUCAAUUAAAGCUUUAAGAAUUUGUUACUACAGUUUUGUUUAUACUCGUAUUACCAAUCCCCACUUUCUUUAAGAGAUCGCCCCGAUUCUGUCAUUACAUGUGUCAAGUUAUCAAUUUCAAUUUCUUUAUAUUCUCCUUCCAAUUUACAAUUAAUUUAAACGUUUUAAAAACUACGUAUACUGCUAUAAUUACAACUGUGAUAACUAUAAAAAUCCAAUUUGUAGGGUGUGCAUUUUUUUAAUUUUUUACUGAAUGUCCCAAAUUUUUGAAUCGGUAUUUUCUUAAGGAACGAGUAUGUUAUCAAUAUUUGUUUUAAUUUUUAAAUGUGAAGGAAUACAUAGUAUGGUUUCCUGAAACUAAUAUCUCAUAUUCUUUAAUUUCAUCUAUUUCUUUCUGAAAUAUUUUUAUACUCUCGCAACAAAGUUGCUAAGGAGAGUAUUAUAGUUUUGUUCACAUAACGGUUGUUUGUAAAUCCUAAAACUAAAAGAGUCAGAUAUAGGGUCAUAUAUACCAAAGUGAUCAGGGUGACGAGUAGAGUUGAAAUCCGGAUGUCUGUCUGUCCGUCCGUCCGACCGUCCGUCCAUGCAAGCUGUAACUUGAGUAAAAAUUGAGAUAUCAUGAUGAUAUCUUGGUACACGUAUUUCUUGGCUGCCACGUCCACAAAAUGGUGAAAACCGAAAACCUAUAAAGUGUCAUAACUAAGCCAUAAAUAAAGAUAUUAAAAUGAAAUUUGGCACAAAGGAUCGCAUUAGGGAGGGGCAUAUUUGGACGUAAUUUGUUUGGAAAAGAUCUCUGUUGAACAACAACUUUUUUAUUUUUAACAUACCAUCUAUUUGAGCAAUUGCUCUUAUUUCAUAAAAGUUACAAUGCAUAAUAGUUUUUGGGUAUUUUAUAUAAAUAACAUUUAAAACUUUAUUUUUUUUUUAAUUUUAAAUGUGGAAAUAUACAUUGUGUCAGUCAAUGUCAGUAUUUCAUUCGCAUUUUUUUUUUUGUUAUAUUUUCUAUUUCGUCCAAAUGCAAAAUUGCCGGAUUUAAACUUCCUGUUUUCCGCAUUGUUAUUGUGUUAACUAAGUUUUGCAAUUCCACCAUUAAAAAUGUAUUUCUUCGUUGUAUUAUCAGUUCAACAUCUGCCUUCUCGUGUAUACUUUCUACCGUCUCUGUCAAUUGAGAAAUGAUUUCAUAAAGUUUUGAGUUUUGUCGUCAAUUGUUUUUUAUUGUUUUCAAUUAGUUCGGUCAAUUUAUUUUUUAAACUAGAUCGUACUGGUCUGGUGUACCUGCUAACCAUUUCCAUAAUGUUCCUAACUCGUUUAUUCCUCUUUUGUGUCUAGUAUCUGUUUUUUGUAAUUGUCCUAACAAAGUCUCUAUAAGUUCUUUUUCUGGUUGCCCUUCUAAAUAGUUAACUCCUUCUAAGUUGUUGUACCUCAUUUUAAAAUAAUAAUAAUUUUUACCUGAUAUUAUUAUCUCUUCAAAAUAUGUUGAAUUAGUUAUAUCAAACACUCCCCCAUAGUCAUUGUACUCGUAUAAACCUAAAUUUCCGUCCGGUAUUAAUGCGUUAUUUUUCUCUCGUAAAGUCCACAAUAUCUGCCUUUGCUAUUGUUAGCAUUAUUAAAAUUAUUAUGGUCAUAAUUUUCUGAAAAAGUAAAUAAAUAUUCGUUUAGGACUUUAUAUUAUUCUUGUGCACUAUUCCAUUUCUCUGAUUAAUUCUAACCUUAUUUCCUAAAUGAUUUUUUAUAAUCUGUUCUGGGAUUCCGCUUAUUUAUUUGUUCAGGAAUCUUUUUAUAUACAUAUUACCUUCCCACAUAACUAAGUUUUUAGUUUCUGUUCUUAUUAUGCCUCUCCAACAUUUUACUUUGUGCUGACAAAGGCCUCGACGGUAUUGUAUCAUGCACUACCUUGUUAUAAAGGAUCUCAAACGGUUUUUUAUCAGCUACGGAAUGUAUAGUUUCUAUAUUGGUGAACAGCACUAUAAAUUGAUUCAGAAAAGCUGAUCAAGCCAUAUUCCCGCUUCACACAUCGAGCAAUUUCUAUUAACACUAGAAAGACGGGAGCUUAGUUAUACCUAUAUUGCCUGAAGUCAAAAUGACUGCCUUUCGGCAACUUAGAUAUAACAUAUAUAUAAUAUAUAUGUAUAUAUAUAUUGGAAGUGAAAGAGAGGGCAAACAUAAUGAUUAAUUAAUUCAUUUAUAUGUUAUAAAAAAAUCAAAAAAAUAUUACAAGCUAUGUAUGUCAUUAUUUAAAUCAGUAUUUUUUUAAUUGAAAUUCGAAAGCAGUCAAAAUGACUUGCUUAGGCAAUCUAGUGUUAAUGUUGAGUGUGCUCUCUCAACCUGACCGUUUGUGGUAUUGUGAUUUGGGUUACAAAAGUAAAUUUCAACUUGAAGUCUUUGCAUCAAAUUCUUAAACUGCACUGUUUUAAAUUCUGGUUCAUUCUUUUAAUAUUUGGAAUACUUUGCAAUAUUUCUAACACUUUAUCUGUUUAACAACUAAAAACUUCGAAUAUGCGUCAAUACAAAUAAUAAAUUUUAAAGACUGUGCAUAAAAUAUAUCCAUGUGAACUUGUAUCCCCUCAUCCUGAGGUAUAGGAACUUCCCCAACUGGUAAUUUCUGCGGAUGCCUAUGAUAUUUACUUUUAUUACAAAGCGAACAUCCAAACCCAUUGGCUAAUGCCUUGGUAAAUUCUUCAAACGCGUUUAAAAAGAAACGAUCUACAAGCCUACUAGAGCGCAACGUUCUACUAUAAAAGCUCAACAAAAAUUUAUGCUUCUUUAGUUUUUAAAUAGAUUUAAAAUUUAAAUACUUAUUGUUAUGCUUUACCAAGCAGAUUCAAUAUAUUAAGAACUAUUGAACAACACAAAAUCUGAUUCAAUGGUUUUUUGUUUCCGGAAUUUGUACAUUAUCUGAGCUUUCCGCCGAAUGUUGAGUCUCAUUUUGCGAUGAAUCAUCAGAAACUUGAUUCAAAUCUUCUUCUUUGCUAGCGUUUACACCGCUUACGCGAUUAUAGCCGAGUUAACAACAGCGCGCAAAGGGGCGCCAAUUGGCGCGCCAGUCGUUUCUUCUUUUCGCUACGUGGCGCCAAUUGGAUAUUCCAAAUGAAUCCAGGUUCUUCUCCACUUGGUCCUUCCGUCGAAUACUUUCAGAGCUGGAGUGUUUUCGUCCAUCCGGACAACAUGACCUAGCGUAGCCGUUGUCUUUUAAUUAGCUAAACUAUUUGAAUGUCGUCGUAUAUCUCGUACAACUCAUCGCUACAUGGAAUGCGAUAUUCGCCGUGGCCAACGCGCACAGGACCAUGAAUCUUUCGCAGAAACUUUCUCUCGAAAACUCGCAACGUCGACGCAUCAGUUGUUGUCAUCGUCCAAGCAUCUGCACCAUAUAAGAGCACGCGAAUUAUGAGCGACUUAUAGAGUUUGGCUUUUGUUCGUCGAGAGACGACUUUACUUUUCAAUUACCUACUCAGUCCGAAGUAGCACCUGUUGGCAAGAGUUAUCCUGCGUUGGAUUUCCGGGCUGACAUUGUUGGUGGUGUUUAACCAAGACGAAAUUAUCUACAACUUCAAAGUUAUGACUGUCAACAGUGACGUGAGAGCCAAGUCGCGAGUGCGACGACUGUUUAUUUGAUGACAAGAGAUAUUUCGUCUUGCCCUCGUUCACUGCCCGACCCAUUUACUUUGCUUCCUUGUCCAGUCUGGAGAAAACAAAACUAACGGCGCGGAUGUUGAGGCCAAUGAUAAAUUGAAGAAAUCGCACGAUAGAGAGUCGCCUUGUCUGAAAUCUCGUUUGGUAUCGAGCGGCUCGGAGAGGUCCUUUCCGAUCCUGAUGGAGCUCUUGGUGUUGCUCAACGUCAGUUUACACAGCCGUAUUAGUUUCGCGGGGAUACCAAAUUCAGACAUCGCGGCAUAAAGGCAGCUCCUUUUCGUGCUGUCGAAAGCAGCUUGGAAAUCGACGAAUUGUCGAUUCUCCUUUCACGGGUCUUUUCCAAGAUUUGGCGCAUGGUGAAUAUCUGGUCGGGUGUUGAUUUACAGGGUCGAAAGCCACAUUGAUAAGGCCCAAUCUGUUUGUUGACGGUGGGCUGUAAUCUUUCACACAAUACGCGCGAUAGAAACUUACACGUGAUGUUGAGGAGGCAUAACCCACGGUAGUUUGCGCUGAUUGUGGGGUCUCCCUGUUAACGGAUUGGGCAUAGCGAACUUAAAUUUCAAUCGUUGAGCGUGCCUUCGUCCGACCAUACUUUUCAAAGAAGCUGAUGCAUGCUUCUUAUCAGUUCUUCGCCGCCGUGUUUGAAUAGCUCGGCCGGCAAUCCAACGGCCCCCGCCGCUUUGUUGUUUUUCAGGCGGAUAAUUGCUAUUCGAACUCCUUCAUGGUCGGGCAAUAAAACGUCUGCUCCGUUGUCAUCGAUUGGGGAAUAGGGUUCGAAUUCCCCUGGCGUUGUACGUUCUCUGCUAUUCAGCAAGCUCUUCAUACUUACGAAUUUUAGUCUCUUUCUUUUUCAGUCUGCAAAUGAGUCUCGCUUCUCUCUUCAACUUACGGUAUCUAUCCCAUCCCGCACGUAUUGUGGUCGUUCGUAACGUUGCGGGGCAUUCUGUUUUCUCUCCGCUGCGACACGGUACUCCUCGUAGCACCAGCUAUUCUUUUGUAUUUUCCGAAAACCAAUGGUUCUCUUAUACCGAGUUGCUGACGAGUGCUCUCAGAGAGCAGGCGUGCAAGCCGAGUAGAAAAUCGUUCGGCUGUUUGUUGUGAUUGCAGCUUCUCGACGUCGAACCUUCCUUGUGUUUCUUGACGUGCGGUUUUUGCUGCACAGAGGUGGGUAAAAAUCUUGUAUAUCCGUGUAAAUAUUAGGACCUCUGAGCGUACGCACGUCUAGAACACUGGAAACGUGUGUUCCGUCUAUCACAACAUGAUCGAUCUGGUUGGUGGUUUUUCGAUCCGGAGAUAGCCAAGUAGCUUGAUGUAUUUUCUUGUGCUGGAAUCUAGUACUUCGGAUAACCAUAUUUCGGGCCCCGGCGAUGUCGAUCAGCCUCAACCCAUUUGGGGAUGUUUCGACGUGGAGGCUGAAUUUACCGACGGUCGUGCCAAAGAUACUUUCUUUGCCCUCCCUGCGUUAAAGUCUCCCAGCACGAUUUUGAUAUUUUGGCGAAGGCAGCUCUCACAGGUGCGCUUCAACUGCUCAUAGAAGGCAUCGUCCUUCUCUUCCGUCGGGGCAUGGGCGCAAAUCAGCGAUAUGUUGAAGAACCUCGCUUUGAUGCGGAUUGUGGCUCGACGUUCAUUCACCGGAGUGAAUUAUAGUACUCGGCGAAGGAGUCUCUCUUCCACCACGAAUCCAACACCAAACUUGCGCUACUUUAUAUGGCCACUGUAGUAAAUGCCACAAGGACCUACUUGUCUCUGUCCUUGUCCCGUCCAUCGCAUUUCUUGGACGGCGGUGAUGUCAGCCUUUAUUUUCACGAGGACAUCAACCAGCUGGGCAGCGGCACCUUCCCAAUUAAGGGACCGGACAUUCCAGGUGCAUGCCCUCAAUUCGUAGUCCUUAUUUCGUUUGCCAUGGUCGUCAUCAAAAGGGGGGUCACUCAUCCGAGGCUUGUUGUUCCUUUUCAUUGGGGGUGUUUUUUUACGUGGCGGGUCCCAAACCCGGCGCACAACCCUGAAGAGGGGAUGUUUCGCCUUCUCACUUUAGCUCGCCUUCAAACGGAUGUUCUUAGGCUACCCAGAGGAUACUUGGUCAAAGACCGGAAGUCGUGAGCUGCUUGAGUCAUAUGUAAAAGAAUCGUUUCUGGCCACUCCCAAGUGAAUGACGAUCAGAGAACUUUCCUCACUUGCGUUAACUUCUACACAUGACUCCAUCCUCCACGCGCACCGAUUACGAAUUUUAAAAUACGUAUUAACACCCCUAUUCUGUGCACUUUACAAAUUCAACAUAUUUGCAAUUUGUCAAAAUUUGACAUUUAUCAAGCAUUUCGUAUUCGGUGUCUGAAAUAAAAAGCUCUUUUCUUUAUAAGUUGUUAAGAUGUCAAAUGCUCUUGACAAUGCUCGUUAUGAAUUAAGUAUCUGUUCGUGCAUCUUGUUGUGAAAAUGGAAGAUAUUUUACUUUUGUUAUUAUUGUUAAACGAAGAUGAAAAUUGUAAGAAUAAGAAUCGCGCGCGGUAUUUAAAAUGUUUACGCGACGAUAGCAAUCCAUUUUCUGUGAGCGAGCAUACUUUUGGGCAAAAUUUUCGAUUAACUCGUGAAAUUUGCCGUCGCCUGAUUGAUGAAAUAGCCCCACACGAUACAAAAACGUCCUACCUUUAACUGUAAGGGUUCUAGCAGCUUUGAACUUCUUUGGACUCAUGCCAGAAAUGUGUAGAUAACAAGGCAAGUUGACGUGCCCAUAGUCAGUCGUCCAUUUCGAGAAGUGUGCGGGCUGUAGCAAAACUUAUUGUGAAGGUGAAGGGAGGAGAAAUAAAGUUUCCCAGUUCAACAGAGGAAGAAAAUUUUAUAAAAACGGGGCAAGUAUUCAUAAUAUACUAAUUUAAGCAAAUUUAUUUGAAAUAUAUUUCAGAUUUUCUAGAAAAUUUGGAAUAAAAAACACCAUAAGAGCAAUUGACUGCACGCAUAUUGCUUGCUAUCAAUAUAAUUUGAAUAGAAAUCAGCUCUUGCUAUUUACAUUAUUUUGUUCACCACACGUGUGGCGAAAAGCUUUGCGAAUUGAAGCUUUUACUUUUAUCAAGAUUGUCACAGAAUACCAAAGUAUUUCUCGCUUGCUAAAUAUUUGCGUUAAUUGUCAAUAUUUUAUUAAUUGACAAGUGCAGAGAAUAGGGGUAUAAGAGUUCAAAAGUAUAAAUGUACAUAUUAUAUAUAUGUAGUUUAAAGUAAUAUGUUCAUACAUUGUUUGUAAAGAAAUAUAUAUACAUACCUAUUAUUGAAAUAAUAAUAACUACCAUUAUUUUAAAAUUUAAAUUUGAACAAUUGGCAAUAUACAUUUAAACACUGUAAAGUAAAUAUCAGAGAUAUAAUUCAUGUCGUGAAAUAUUACCAUGGUUUUGAUUAUAACAGAAAGGAAUCUGUAGAAUUACUGCUUUGUUAACAUGACCAACCAGCGAAUAUUCUCGAGCAACCGAGGAAUGAAUAUAUUUAUGCCACACAAUUUCUUAAUUUUUUAUAAAUACAAAUUGUUUGCUUUUGUUUAUUUUAGUGAUUUAACUUCAUUAUAAGUUAAAAACUGUAAUUGAAAAGGGCAUUGAAAAUGUAAAUCCUUACAUAAUUCUUACAGUGAUGUUUAAGCAAAAAGUGGUUUUCGUAAAUAUAUAAUAAUUUUUGCUUAUUUUGGGGAUAAACAGUUAAGAAGUGAUAAAUGUAUGUAUACACUUAUUGGAUCAUUCCUUUCAUUUUUGGUCUUUUGGUUUAUAUUGGGUUGUCAAAAAAGUCUUGCGGUAUUUUUAUUGAUUUUUUUCUUUUAUUGAAAUGAAUUUUUGAUGACUCAUGCCCAGCUCUUGACCGAUGCUACGGCUGCUACUAUGCCGGUCUCUUUCGACCAAUUCAGCGAUUUUAUCGCAAUUUUCGACGACAGGCCUUCCGGAGCGUGGCGCAUCUUCGAUCACCUCUACACCAGAACGAAAACGUUGAAACCAUCGUUGUGCGGUGGAAAUGGAAACUGUAUCGGGUCCAUAAACUGCACAAAUUUUAUUGGUGGCUUGAGAUGCAUUUUUGCCUUUAUCGUAGUAGUACUGUAAAAUAUGCCGUAUUUUCUCUUUAUUUUGCUCCAUGUUUGCGACCCUAUAACUCACGGACGACUUAAAAGAAACGACAAUCAAUCAAACACGUGUUAGCGCGUGAAAUGAGCUUUCCAAAAAGAUAUAGCAUGACCCGAUGCGACGAAUUAAACUAGAACUACGCGCGUUCAGCGCCAACUAGCGAAAAUACCGCAAGGCUUUUUUGACAACCUAAUAUUUUUAAAGGUUUAUAUCGUCACCUAAAAUGCAAAAUAAGAAUCAUCAAAAAAUUCAAAAUUGAAUUUCACAGAUUUUAAUAUUCUGCGCUCAAAAAUAUCCAAAUUGUAUUGAAAAUUCAAAAAAACUUAUCAUCAAGUGUUUGAUAUCGUUAAACAAAUUAACGUAUAAUCACUCGUGUAAAAAUAGCAAUAGGGCAAUGACCCUUUAGAAGUCCCAAAACUAGGGAGAGGCUAACCUUACUGAGGGCAAAGAAGUAACUAACGCAAGAUGAUACGGGUGCACCGAUCUGCUCCCAUUCUACCGAUAGCAGUUCUAGGGUGCCUCUUCUUGCUAGUGAUUAGCUUUUUCGCUACGGCCUGGUACUCAUACUAGUCUUAUCACAAAGACAGUCGAUGCUAUUGAUAGUGAGGCUAACCUCAGUGCCUAAGCACUCUUUGACCAGUCCUGAAAACACAGUUAAUGAUUUCAAUGGUAGUAUCGCCGCUCUGUUAUCUGAAUGUACAUAUGCUCACUUAUCUGAAGGAGGUUGCACUCCGGAGCAGUAAAUCUACCGCUACCUUGGCCUGGAAGACACUGCAAUAGCAGAGGAAGUCUAAAACUGGAGUUGAUAGAGAGCUCCUGACAGUAGACCCUUUCAGCAACCUCCCUUCAUACGAGAAGAAGCUCACUGCCCCAAUCUUCCAACGGCUUCUUCACACAACUCCUUCGCCGGUAUAAGGGUAGAGAAGGAGCGGGCAGAGUUCCGUUGAGUGACUCAUUGAUCGAAGUGAUCCGGUAUGAAGUCAAGGUGAGUGAGGAUUUUCGAGUGCUUAGACCCGCAAAGUUUAACGUUAACCAAACAGAAAUGGCAACAUCUACAGGACUAAAAGCUUUGAUUCCAGCAGACUGUCAUUUCUUUUAUGGUAAUAUGUAUAUCUUUUGAAUCAUCCUUUCUUUAAUACAUUUUAAUAAAUUUAGCUUGAUCUUACGUUAUUAUAUCCUGAACAGGGUGUAAUAAGUUUGUCACGAUGUUUGUAACACCCAGAAGGAAGCGUCGGAGACCCUAUAAAGUAUAUAUAUAAAUGAUCCAUAUGUUUGAGUUGAGUCGAUUUAGCCAUGUCCGUCUGUCUUUGUACUCGUAUAUACGAACUAGUCCCUCAGUUUUUAAGACAUCGUUUUGAAAUUUUGCAAACAUCAUUUUCUCUUCAAGAAGUUGCUCAUUUGUUGUAACUGUCGAUAUCGCAUCACUAUAACAUAUAGCUGCCAUACAACAUAUUCGAUCGGAAUCAAGUUCUUGCAUGGAAAACUUUUGCAUUUGACAAAAUAUCUUCACUAAAAUUACACAGGUUAUUUUCUAAGAUAAUAAUGUAAUAUGCGAAGAAAUUGUUCAGAUCGGUUAACUAUAGCAUAUAACUGUCAUACAAACUGAAUGAUUGGAAUCAAAUGCUUGCAUGGGAAACUUCCUCAUUUGGCGAUAUAUCUUCACGAAAUUUGGUAUGAGUUAUUGCUCAUAGAAAUAAUGUAAUAUCGGACGAAAUUGUUCAUAUCGGCUCACUAUAGCAUAUAGCUGCCAUACAAACUGGACGAUCGAAAUCAAGUGCUGGUAUAGAAAACUUUUACAUUUGACAAGAUUUAUUCAUGAAAUUUGGUAUAGAUUAUUUUCUAAGGCAACAAUGUAAUAUCCGAAGAAAUUGUUCAGAUCGGCUCAGUAUAAUAUAUAGCUGUCAUACAAACCCAACGAUCGGAAUCAAGGGCUUGUAUGGAAAAUUUUCGCAUUUGACAUGAUAUCUUCACGAAAUUUGACAUGGAUUACUGCUUAAAAAUAAUUGUUCAUAUCGGCUCACUAUAGCAUAUAGCUUCCAUACAAACUGAACACAUAGUUACUAAAAGAAAUGCACCUGUGAAGGGUAUAUUAGCUUCGGUGCUGCCGAAGUUAACGUUUUUUCUUGUUUUGUUUCAGAAAUGAAAAUUCAUAAUAACGUAACACACUUUAUUUUUUUCAUUAUACUUUACUAAUAAAAAAAUUUAUUACAACAAUAUUUGCAUCUGAUGUCACUCAUAUAUAUUCAUGCAUUUGCACAAAUAAAUGUAUGUAUGUGCGCUUGCAAAAAUUCAAACCAUAAUUUUAGUACUUAUCAAUAAACUACAUGCUCGCGAUUUAAAUAAUAUUAAUAUCACUGUAGAACAUUUUUGGGAUUAUUGUCGGGAGGGUGAGAAAUUCCAAGUCAGGGUGAUGGUACUAGGUUAGUAUAGUAAAACCCUCAAAGGGUUUGGCGUUCGUAUGUGUCAGUUUUUUUAUGACCUUAUAAAUUUUUUCCUUAUCUUGAUGUUUUUUCGUGAACCACUUGUCCGAUUUUGAGAAAACAAAUUUAGAAAAAUUAAGAAUUACAAUUUCUAUUUGUUUUUAUUCAAAAAAGUGUCAUUUAUCGCCUUUUUUAUAAAUUUCCCCCAAUAACUCCAGACUUCUGGCCAUAAAAUACUAAAAAAAUAAAGUGAACAUUUUUAAAAUUUUUUAUUUUUAUUUUAUUUAUUUAUUUUUAUUUGGUUCCAUAAAUAUUGCCUAAAAAAUUUAAAAAAAAGGCGAUAAAUGACACUUUUUUGAAUAAAAACAAAUAGAUAUUGUAAUUCAUAAUUUUUCUAAAUUUGUUUCAUCAAAAUCGGACAAGUGGUUCGCGAAAAAACAUCAAGAUAAGGAAAAAAUUUAAAAGGUCAUAAAAAAACUGACUAAUACGAACGCCAAACCCUUUGAGGGUUUUACUAUACUGACCUAGUACCAUCACCCUGACUUGGAAUUUCUCACCCCCCAGAUUAGCUGUUGUACUGUGUAUUAGGGCAAUUCAGAAUCUGCUGCAAAUGGUCUUGCAUCGUUGCAGUUGCAAAUUAGCGAGCAUAUUUUUGCUUUUAAACAAAGAGAAGAAAUGCAACAAACCGGUUUGAAUAAAAUAAGGGUAAAACACGAAAAGUGGAGCCAAAAGGUAAUCCGGAGUGUACUGGAUUUCUUGCAGGAAGCUCCAGAAGUAAAAGUGAAAUUUGUGGGCUUUUAAACAAAGAGAAGUAAUGGAGCAAACCGGUUUGAAUAAAAUAAGGGUAAAACACGAAAAGCGGAGCGAAAAGGAAAUCCAGAGUAUACUGGAUUUCUUGCAGGCAGCUCCAGAAGUAAAAGUGAAAUUUGUGAGCCGCAUAAAAAUAUUUCUUACCUUCAAUGUCCAUAAUUUCUGCAGCAGCUUCAUCAAAUAAAGCGACAGUUAAUUUUUCCCUAAAACUUUUUUCCAAUUUGUGCGAAAAUUUUGCAAUUUGCAAUUGCAUAAUUUUGCAAACUCAGACGCACAAGAUUCUGAAUUGCCCUAUUGUGUUUAUUAUUUUAUUUAUUUGUUGAGUUAAUAUCUCCACCUUCACGUUUGAUGGCAAUACUAAGCCUAAAGGACAUUAGGUUUGCUUACAACUAUUUGUACUAUCGAUAGAACAUUCAUGUAGUUCUGUUGUGUUCUUAUUUUAAGCUAAUAAAUAUAUUUGAAUAAGUUCUUAUCUGUUACUGAUAAUUACAAUACAUUA